CAGACAUAUUAAUUGGAAAUAUUAGAAAGAAAGAAUGGUUCACCUAAUCACAUCCGUGAUAUUAUCUUGAAUGUUUAUAUCUCUCUCCUGGUUCGGUUUGAUUGUGAUUUUUAAUCUAUUAGUCAUAUUCAGCUUUUAAUUUGGAGUUUACGGUGGACCAAUCAAUUUUCCGCCUCAUAUAGUUAUAUCACUUUUUAACAGUAAAAGAGGAGCAAUUUAAAACAUAUCUCUCACCUUUAAUAACAAUAACGACAUACGUGGUGUAAUCUAUCAAGUGGAAUUUAGGAUGAUAGAGAGUGCAAAGCCUUACUCCCGCCUUGCAAGGGUAGAGAGAUCGUUUCAAAUAGUCCAUCGACCCAAAUAGCAUAUCAGAGAAGAAAAAUGCAUCAUUAUGAUGGGAUUGUUAGUUUGAUAAUUCGAAUAAUAUCACGAUUCAUUACAGUGGGUAAAUAGGAAUUAAGAUCCACUAAUUAAUAAUAUUAGGCUUUAACUUCAGACUGGUUAAAUGAUAAAGAGAUUUAAGUAUGGCCAUCAAUAAUUCAUGUUAGUAUGCUCGAUAUGGCACAUGAUAAUUGUGCUUUCUGUAUUAUUUUAUCUUUUCGGAUGUCAAUCCACGCUUUUGCCCUAAUGAUUAUUUUUUAACUUGAUUAUGUUAUCAAGUGGUCGUUUGGUUUGAGGCCAAGGGAUAAGUUAUCCCGGGAUAAAAUAAAAGAUGACUUUAUUCUCUUGUUUGGUUGGAGGGAUUAAUCCAUGUUAUCCCACCAUUUUCCCCAUAGUGAUGGGAUAACUUAUCCCAUAUACACGGUGGGAUAAGUUAUCCCGGCUAAUCCCGGGAUAACUAAUCCCGGUAUUAGUUAUCCCGGGAUAACAAUUUCCAGACAAAACGACCCCUAAUAGUAUAAAUUAUCUUGUGUAUGAAAUUUUUUGAUAAAGGUAACUUUGUAUUCACACCAAAAAACUCAUCAGAUAAGCCUGAUGUGGUGAGAUUUAGAACCCCCUGGGGGUAUCAUGCAGAAACAAAACUCAAAAAAAAAACAACUUUACAAAUGUCCUAUGAAAUCCACUAGACUUUCUACCUCCCCCACGAUUAUCUUGUUUACACCAAAAAUAUAGCAAACUCAGACUUUUCAUCUUGAUCUUCUGUAUGCUGCUAGCUUGUCCAUCAUGGGAUCUUUCAUUCCUUUCCAUCUAAAGUGACCACCGGAUGCAGGAUGGAAUUCAUUUCCACCAGUCCUCUUUUGAUCUUCUUCUUCUACCCAUUCCUUCCCAUAGUUUCAACAUGUCUGAAGUAGUUCUGGGCACUACCCACUAACCCCAAGUAUACAUAAGAACAUGUCCCACAGAUUUACAACUGUUUUGCAUUGAAGAAAUAAGUGGUUGUUCAACUCUGCCUCUUUUUCGCACAUAUAAUACUUUGAGCAAAUCUGUAUACCUCUUCUUUGUACCACUUCAUGGGUUAAUCAUGCUUUUCUGAUCACCAACCAUGUGAAGCAAGCCACCUUAUGAGGGACUUUGGUCUUCCAGAUUAGUUUCCAUGGCCACUCCAUUCCCAUUGUUUGGUUAGAGUUCAUUUCCAGUAACAAGAUUUCACAGUGAAAAUCCCUUUGUUGUGCAACUUCCAUAUUUGACUGUCAGGCCCAUCUGAGACACCUGGAGAUACAUUCAACACCUGCAAGAGCCCGGCUACUCUACUGAUCUCCCAGCCCGGCUACUAUACUGAUCUCCCAGUCAUUUAGAGCCCUCCUAAAAGUCAGGUCCCAACCUUGAGGGCUCCACAUCUGUGCCACUGUAGCCAUCUGUUGCGUGCUUAUAGUGUAAAGAUUCGGGAAUAAAGUUUUCAGGUUCCUGUUUCCUAUCAAGUUUUCAUUCCAGAAACUAGUUUUAACCCCAUCUCCAAUCUUGAAUGACAAAUUGGAGUUGAAAAGAGGCCAUAGUCUUCUGAUAGUUUUCCAAACAGAGCACCCAAAAGUUCCAGCUACUUCGUUAGUGCACCAGUUGUUUUGGAGACCAUACUUCUGGGAGAUGAAUCUUCUCCAUAAAGACGAGUCUUCAUUACAGAGCCUCCAAAGCCACUUCUUCAACAAACUCACAUUCUGCAAACUCAACUUCUUUACCCCAAUACCACCCUGGAUUUUGUUGAGAGUUACCACAUCCCAUUUGACUAAAUUGUACCCAAGUUUCUCUUUAUCUCUCCCUGCCAUAAGAAGACUCUCCUAAGUUUGUUAAUUUUCUUCUCUAUGCUUCUUGGAAUUGGGAACAGACUCAUCAUGUAAGUGGGGAGAGCAUCCAUUACUGAUUUAAUAAUUGUUAGUCUGCCUCCUACAUAUAGAUAUUGACUUUUCCACCUUGUCAGCUUUCUCUCACUUCUUUCCAACACUUCACUCCAUACUUCCACCUUUUUAUUCUUAGCACCAAGAGGCAACCCCAGAUAUUUAGUUGGAAGGGAUGCUACUUGGCACCCUUAAUUGACAGCAAGUAUCUCCAUAUUAGUAGCUUCGUUAACUGGCUAUAAACAACUCUUAUGCCAAUUGACAUGGAGUCCUGAAAUGCCCUAAAAAAUAUUUAAAAUAGCCCUAAGUGUCUGACCUGAGUUACUUCAGCUUUACAAAAUACCAAGGAAUCAUCUGCGCAUAGCAGAUGUGAGAUUUCCAUAUUAUUUUCCCUUCUGACAUUUGCAGGGAAUCCUUUUAUCCAUCCAUUCUCCCUUGCUUUUCAGAUCUUAGAGUUAAGGCCUUCCAUUGCUAAGAUAAACAGGAAAGGUGACAUGGGUCACCUUGCCUCAAACCUCUAUGUGACCGAAAGAAACCUUCUGAACUGCCAUUGAUAAUAAGAGAAUUUCACAGUAGAUAUGCAGAAUUUGAUCCAGUUGAUCUAGUUGUUUCCAAAGCCCAUAUCUCUCAAAGUUUUUAGGAGGAAUGACCAAUUGAUUGGCUUCACCCUACUGUCCACUAAUUCAUUGGCCAACAGUGUUGCAUCCGUUAUUUGUCUUCCUUUCAGGAAAGCCAUUUGAUGCUCAUCUUUCAAACCUCCCAUGGCAGUUUUUAAUCUUUUCGUAUUGAGCUUGGCUAUAAUUUUGUAAACUCCACCAAUCAGACUUAUUGGUCUGAAGUCCUUCAGUUCUUCUGCACCAUACUUCUUGGGUAUUAAUGCUAUAAGGGUAGCAUUAAAAGACUUUUCAAAUACUUUGGAGGUAGCGGUAUGGACUGUGUACAGUUUACUCUCCCCAGACCCCACUUUGUGGGAAUACACUGGGUUUGUUAUUGUUGAAUAUUUAAAGAAAGAAAAAAAAUACUGUUUUCUUUCCGGUACAAGUCAAAUGGGAGGACUUUCGUAGUUAAUUGGGAUUAGAGUUGUCAAAAUGGGUUUGGCCCUACACCAUAGGGGUGCAUAUUGGUUCGGUUGUGUGUAGUAUCGGUUCGGUUUAUCGGUUUUCGAUUUGUAAACACAUUAAACCGAUAACCGAACUAAUAAGAUAUUCAUUAAUGGUUUUUGGUUAAUCAAUUUUUGGCCUUUAUCGGUUCGGUGUUCAGUUUAACCGAUAAGAAAAUACUCCCCUGAUUUUUUUUGCACUUUCUCUUAUUUUCAUUUGUUCUACACUAACUUCAUGUGUAAAAUCCACACAAACAUGGGCGGAGCCAGCCUUCUGUUCGGGGGUUCAACUGAACCCUCUUCGAUGGAAAAAUAUAUUAUUUAUACAUGAUUAAAAUUAUUUUUUAUUUGGUUAUAGUAGGUGUUGAACCCCUUCGACUAAGUUUUCUUUGAAUAUAGAAUCCCAUUAGUUGAAAUCCUAAGUUUUCUUUGAAUAUGGAACCCCUUUCGUUGAAAUCCUGGCUCCGUCUCUGCUCACAAAUUACAAGAAUUAAGAAAACAACUAUAAAAUAUAAAAGAAAAUAAGGUAUGUAUUUAAAACCGAAAGCCAUUAUUGUUAGUUAUGAAUAAAAUUAUAAUUUUAUUGGGUUAUCGGUUUAACUAUUAACUAAAACCUUAAAAUCAGAAACUUAACCGAUAACCUAAUAAAAAAACUUACCAAACCGUUAAAAGACCGUUAACCCAAUAGCCCGAGAAUAAACCAAUAAUAUUGCUUUCGGUUUGGUUUAUCAAUUGAAUCGGUUUUUUCACACUCCUCGGCACCAAGGGUGUGGUUUAGUAGUUUGGGUGUGAACCAUGAGGUCUCAGGUUUAAAUUCCAACGAGACAAAAAGAUACUAGGUGAUUUCUUUCCAUAUAUCCUAGCCUUGGUGGAUAGAGUUACCUAGUACGUGUUGUUGGUGGGACGUGGCCGGCAUCCCGUGGUACCAGUCGGUAGUGUUUUGGACGGCGAAAGGCGACAAGAGGCAACAAGGCCCCGCCUCGCCACGCGGCGAGGUGAUCACCUUUUGAAAGUGCGGCGACAAUUAAUACAAAAAAAUUAAAAUAAUAUAUAAAUUAUCAAAAGUUCAAUAGUACUAAUAUAUUAGGAAAUAUUUCAAGUCAUGGACUAAAAAUAGAUAGUAGAUAGAUACUAAAAAUCUAGAAGUACUAAAAAAAUUUAACAAGUAUUUUAAUUUUUUUUUACAUAAAUACAUAUGCAGUUAUUGUUUGUCGGUUACAGUGACAGUGUAACACUGUAGUACUGUUACAGAGGAAGAAAAAUAGAAGAAGAGAAAAAGAGGAAAGAGGAAAAAAAUCAGUAGACCAAUCGAGUAGCUGGAGUUGCCGGAUUAAGAAGAAGAAGAAAAAAAAAUCAAUACUUCCGAAGUAGCUAGAGUCACCGGAGUAGUAGUUGCCGCUGGUCGUCGGAGUCAAAGUCGGACUUGUGAGAUUGUAGAUAGUAGCAGCCGCAGUCGCCAAUCGAUGCAGCAAAAAAAUAAAUGAAAUCUUGGAAGAACAACAUGAGUAGCUCUGAUGAAUUUGUGAAAGACAACAUUACUAAUGCUGAGGAAUUAUCUCCCAGGAUUGAACAGCACGGUAGUGGAAUUUACAAGCUGGCAGAGAAUAAAGAAUCUGAUUUACCAGCUGACUACCUCAGAAAAGAGGACAUGAAGAUCAAGGAUGUGGCUAAGAAAUAUGUUAUGCCCUUCCUUCCAGCGAAAUCAUUAAUGAAGUUUCGGGCCGUGUCCAAAGACUGGAAUAAUUGGAUAGCUAGCCCAUUGUUGUCUUACCUGCAGGCCACUUCAUUCCGGAGGCUGUCAGGGUAUUUUUAUCAAAAUGUGGAUGCGGAUUUACAAUCUGAUCCUAAAUUUUUGUCUCUUGAUCAUCCUUCGAAUGGGGUGCCCAGUCCUUCACUUGAUUUCUUGCCUGAAAGGGUCAAACUUCUAAGUUCUAGCAGCGGAUUGCUCCUUUGUCAGGGGCAGGAGGAGUAUUAUAUCUGCAAUCCAGUAACUGAGAACUGGAAACUUAUCCCUCCUCAUCAAGGUUAUCAUGGAUCUGAUCCAGCUGUGGUUCUUGCUUUUGAUCCUCAUGGCAACAUCGAGGCUUACUUUCACAUUGUCGCUGCAGUCCCUCUUCUGGGUCAGCCAGGGGUCCUCGUUGAGGUUUAUUCUUCUGAAUCAAAUUCUUGGAAGUGCUCUUCUUCAGAAUGUCUAGAGUUAGAAGAUGCAAUUGUUAUAGGUGGGGGAUUUUAUAUGAAGGGAGUGGCAUACUGGAAUACAACAUCAAAUGGUGUGCUUGCAUUUGAUGUGAAAAAUGAGAUCACAGCAGUUCUACAUGUGCCUAUUCCACGCGGGAGAUCUGGUGCCUUGACUCAGAUAGAAGAUGAGCUAAGCUAUGUAACUGCUUAUAAUGAGUGUGGGGAUGUUUUUAUAGUAGAUAUCUAUGGAGGAAUGGAUAUGAGCCUGAGGCGCAGUGAAUGCAUAAAUCUUGGACACAAGAGGUCUUGUCGAGCAUUAGAGGAAAAUCCCAUUGUUAACAAUGGUACCGUGUCGUGCCGCGUACUACCUUGUAUUAACAGUGGUGAUGACAUGGUGGUGAUCUACACAACUGAAAGGAUAUAUCUUUAUCACCUGAUUGGGCAGAGGGUUGAGACUCUUAUGACUCCGGGACAACUAACUCCUCCGACAAGGUUCAUCCCCUACACAAACAGCCUCGCUACGUUACAUCAUCUGAAUGAGUAGUGCCGUUGGUGGUAUUUUCUGUUGCUGUCGAGUUAAAAACCUGUUAGUUUCAUCAAAACUCCUUAAAUUUGCUGCUUCUGCUGUGUUCAGUGUGGAAGUGAAACAUCUUCCCUUUUUUUUUUUCUUUUAAUUUGUCCGACUUGGAUGGUGGGAUAAGUACUUUGAAUGGCUUAGCGGGUUUAAUAGACAUGUUCUGGAUUGCCGUUUAUUUCAUUUGCAUAUGAGUUUGAAUGUUUUCUCCCUCACCUAUUUUAAUAUAUUUUUGGUGUGUUUGCAAGUUUUUAA